AUGCAUAAGUUAAGUGGUGAGGAUGGAAAUGUUGAUGACAAAAGAGAAGAUAAUAUUGAGGAACAACAGCCAAUAGAUAAAUAUAAGGGUAUAUCUGAUAGUAUUAAUUCUGAUACUAUAGGGUUAUAUACUAAUAAAAGGUAUAACACAGCUAUAUACUCGGAUGAUGCAUUAGAAACUGAAAAAGAUAAUAUAAAGCUUGGAAAUAGUAUAACUAAUAGUAAUAAAUUAUCAGAUAGAAGCGAAAAUAAUGAAUAUAAAGAUAAUGAUAGCAAAUUUAUAGAGAAUGGAGUUAGUAGUGAAUAUAAUACUGAACUAGGAAUUGGAGAUAUACCAUUAAUAAAGAAUACAACACAUACAAAAAACACUUUAUCUAAAUAUAACAAUAUGAUGGUGAAAAAUGAUUACUUGAAUAAUGAAGCUAAGGUUAAAGUGAUAGAUGAACUAAAAACUAUUAAAAAGGGACCUGAUGAUAUCAGUGGAUAUGAAACAAAUAAUGAAUUAUUUAAUAACAAAAUAACAAGCUCAGAUAGUGAAAUGAUUGUAAAAGGAGAAUUAUAUAAGACAAAUAAUGAUGAAUUUGGGAGAUUUCAAGAAAUGGAUUUACAGAAAACAGAUACAAUAAUAGAUACUAAAAGAGCUGAACGUUUAAAUCAAAAGAAAGGAAAUACGUAUAUUCUUGAUGAUUUAUAUAUAAAUAAAGAUAAAGAUUCAAGUAAAAGUAAUAAUAUUGAAUUAGAAACUAGUAUAUUAGGAAGUAAUAGUAAGGAAUUGAAAAAUGAAAUGAUUAAGAAGAGUAUGGAUGGCAACAUAUUUGUAGAUAAUCAUUUAAUGAAAAUAAUGGACUCAAGUUCAAAAUCUCUUGAAAAAUUAGUAGCUAAUAGCAUAGAAGGUGAAAGUAAUUAUUUAAGUUUAAGUAAGGAUUAUAAUGUGAAAAAUAAAGCAGUAAAAUGUAGAGAUGCUAAUAUAGAGUCUCAGAAAUCUAGUAAUUGGAAAGAUAACUUCGAGAACAAUAAAUCUGAUAUGCUUAAGUUUCAAGAAAAAAUUGGACAAAAAAAUAAGGAUGAACCAGAGAACAAAAACGAUAAUUUUAAUGAAAUAGGAAAUAUAAUAUUAUCAGAGAAUACUUUACAAAAAAAAAAAUUAAAGAUAUGCAAUGGUUCACUAUAUAUGAAUGAUCUAUAUCGAGAACUUUUAAUUAAGACAGAAUCUCGUAUUGCUAAACAAGUAGUGUAUAGUGACUUGGGUGAAGAUAUUGAGGAAAAUAAUUCACAAAAUACUCUUUUCUCAGAAAAACAAAUAAUCAAUAUUUCAGACAAAGAUAAUGUGCCACUUAAUCAUAAGAUAAUGAAAUUUAGUGUAGAAAAUAUGCCGAAAAAUGUAAACUGGGAUGAUGUAAUAUCCUUAGCUUAUAAUGAAGAUUAUUUGAGUGACCAUAAAUAUCAAUUAUAUAUUGAAUUGAAUGUUGAUAAGAAUAACUCAGGGAAGUUCUAUAAAGAAUCUAAAAGUAGUGAAUUGAAAAGUACCGAAUUAAUAGUUAUUGACCCAAGUAAAAUAUCUACGAUUAUUUAUGAAAAGUACAACAUGGAAGAUUCACUAAAAAUUUUAAAGAAAGAACUUGAGAUAAUUAGUGACAUUAUAGAGGAAGACCCAGAAGAUUCAAUAAUAAAUCAACAAACUAAUUUAGACAGAAAUUAUGAAUCACUAUCCAAAAUAAAUAUUCAGGAUUUGACUCUAAUUAAAAAUAUAUUUAGAUCCAAUAGACAUGAUAAGAACUUCAAGAAAUUGACAUUUAAAAAAAAUCUUAAAUAUCAGUUAGAUAAUGUUAUUAUUUCAACUGAAGUAUAUAAAUCACUUAAAUCAAGAAUUGAACAUAUUGAGAAUAUUUUUAAUUUAGAUUCUAAUUUUAACUUGAAAAAUUUAAUUAUAACUGAAAAAUCACUUCUAUCUAGAGUAAAAGAGCUCCAAAAAAUGAUAUCUUAUAUACCAGAUGAGGAUAAUCAACUAAAUGAUAAAGAAUUAAUAAAAAGGAAUAGCAGCUCAGUAAAAAAUCAAUAUUUAGAUAACUUAAAGUAUAUUGGGAGAAAUAAUAAAAUAUUAAAUAUCAAUAUUGCUAUGGCUAAUAGCUUAUUGGAUAGUUUUACAAUCAGUCAUGCAAGAAAAUUGGAUUUAAAAAAAAUGGAAAAUCUUGUGAAAUCCAGAAUGUCUGUAGCUGUUUCUUCAUCAAACAGAAUUAAUACAUCCAUUAAUACUAAAGAUGAUAAUUAUAAUGUUAAUACUAUAUCAAGUACAAAUAUAAAUGACCCGAAUGUAGAAACUUUGGAUAAUAAACAAAUGGAUGAAAUCCUUACUGAUCUUAAUAUAAAUUUACAUGAUAAAGAGUCUCCUAUUUUAUUUAAUAUAAAAGAUAUCAUUAAUAAUAUUCAACUGAAGGAAGAGUUUCUUAAAAGCUAUUUAAAUGGCUUAAAUAGUAUGAAUAAUUGGAUGCAAUUAUAUAAUAAUAAUGUUGAAACUUUACAUAUUUGUCUAAAUACACUAAGUAAAUUAAAUAAUAUAAUUGAACAAGGUUUACAAAAUAUAAUUUCAUUAAAUAAUAGUGAAAUUGAAUAG